CUCCUCCUCCGCCCGCGCCCGCUCCCGCUCCCCGGGGCCCCCAGCCCGGCCGGGCGCUGACCACAGGGGCGGGGGUCCCCGCCGCCGCCGUGUCUCUCACAGGCUCCGGCUGGGGUUGCGGAGCCCCCGGUGUGGCCAUGGACCAGCCCCUGGUGGCGUCGGCGGAGGCGGAGGAGGAACUGGAGUGGCAAGUGGCGAGUCGCAGGAGGAAGGCCUGGGCCAAGUGUCGCGGCUCCUGGCAGGCGUCGGAGACGGAGGACCUGUCCACAGAAGCGACGACGCAGGACGAGGACGAGGACGACGAGGAGGACCUCCCUGGGGCGAAGCUGCCGGCGGCCGCGGGGAGAGGGAACGUGCCCAACGAGAAGAUUGCGAUAUGGCUCAAGGACUGCCGCACCCCUUUGGGAGCCUCAUUGGAUGAGCAAAGCAGUAGCACACUUAAGGGUGUGCUUGUGAGAAAUGGAGGAAGUUUUGAGGAUGAUUUGUCAUUGGGAGCUGAAGCCAACCACCUCCAUGAAACUGAUGCUCAAAUUGAAAACUGUUUUAUAUGGCCUAAUUUUGUUUAUAGCAGUAAUAUCUUGGCCAAAGAGAGAAGACUACAGUUUCAUCAGAAGGGGAGAAGUAUGAAUUCCACUGGAUCCGGGAAAAGUAGUGGGACAGUCUCAAGUGUUUCAGAAUUGUUGGAACUUUAUGAGGAAGAUCCUGAAGAAAUCCUUUAUAAUCUUGGAUUUGGACGAGAUGAACCAGAUAUUGCUUCUAAAAUUCCUUCCAGGUUUUUUAAUUCCUCAUCAUUUGCCAGAGGAAUCGAUAUUAAAGUAUUUUUGAGUGCACAAAUGCAACGGAUGGAAGUAGAAAAUCCAAAUUAUGCUUUAACAAGCCGUUUUCGUCAAAUUGAAGUGCUUACUACUGUGGCCAAUGCAUUUUCUUCUUUAUAUUCCCAAGUUUCUGGGACUCCCCUGCAGAGAAUUGGAAGUCUGUCCUCAGUGACCUCUAGCAAGGAGACAGACUCGCCUCCACCUUUAACCCGAAGUAACACUGCAAAUCGCUUAAUGAAAACACUAUCAAAACUAAAUUUAUGUGUUGAUAAAACAGAGAAAGGAGAAGGUGGUACUCCUUCCCCAGCAAUUGACAAAGGAAAGAUUCUAAAUGUUUCAGUGAUGGAAGAAAGUGGCAGUAAAAAUGAUCAAAAGUCCCAAAAAAUUGUGAAGAAGAAAGACUCAUCUUCUAUGCUGGCUACAGUUAAAGAAGAAGUAUCAGGUAGUUCAGCAGCUGUUACGGAGAAUGCUGACACUGAUAUACUUUCUGAUGAAGCAAACAGUAAUUUUAACCAAGAAACUGAAAGUGGACAAAGUAAAGAAACUCGAAGUCAUGAGAAUAAACUGGGUGAUGAAGCUGGUAUUAUAGAAACUGAUUUAGGAAGCAAUUUCAACAUGUCCAGCCACAGUGAGCUGGAAGAUAGCGGGGAGCUGAAAGAUGUCUCUUUGUCCACACCUGAAAAAGAGCCCUGUGCACCAUUGACGAUCCCGUCCAUAAGAAACAUAAUGGCACAGCAGAAGGACUCCUUUGAAAUGGAAGAGGUUCAAAGUACAGAGGGAGAAGCUCCUCACGUUCCAACCACUUACCAGCUAGGUCUUAACAAGUCAAAAAGAGAUCAACUAUUACGUACAGCAAGUCAGCACUCUGAUAGCAGUGGUUUUGCUGAAGAUUCGACAGACUGCCUCUCCCUUAAUCAUCUUCAGGUUCACGAGUCCUUGCAAGCCAUGGGGAGUAGUGCUGAUAGCUGUGACAGUGAGACAACAGUCACAUCCUUUGGUGAAGACCUUGUCACACCAACAGCACAAGACCAGCCUUAUUUUAAUGAAUCAGAGGAGGAGACUCUUACCUGUGCUCAGAUGGGAAGAGAGAAGGCAGCAACAAUUGCUGACAGAAGGUCCGAUGGCCACGGUUUCCCCCAGUGCGAGACUGUGGAGAAUACAGGACGUCAGCAGUCCAGCUGUAGUGCAGGGGGUCCUGAGGUGACUGAAAGGAAAGAGGAUGUGUCUCCAGCACAGCCAGUGCAACUACUGAGGGAAGCAAGCGCUGAAAGUGAUGUGGAUAAGAGCAGUGAAUGUGAAUUUGCCCAGUAUACCACCCACCACAUCCUUAAAUCAUCGGCUUCUGUUGAGACUAAAUGCAGUGAAAAGGGUGCUGCAAACACAACUGGGCCUCCCUCCUCUGUGGACAGAGUUCAUACAGCUUUGCAGAGAGCGCAAAUGAAGGUUUGCACUCUGUCUAAUCAAAGAGUGGGGCGUAGCUUGAUAAAGUCAAAAGAUCUGUUAAAACAGAGGUACUUGUUUGCAAAAGCUGGUUAUCCUCUAAGAAGGUCUCAGUCGUUACCGACCACCUUGCUGAGCCCAGUAAGGGUUGUGUCCUCUGUCAAUGUUCGCUUGUCCCCUGGAAAAGAGACUAGGUGCAGUCCACCGUCCUUCACUUACAAGUACACACCGGAAGAAGAACAGAAAUUAGAGAAAGAGGCGAUUGAGCAUGAUGGUCAGUCUUUAGUUAAAUCCACUAUUUUCAUCUCUCCGUCAUCUAUAAAGAAAGAAGAAGCCGCCCAGAGUGAGGUGAACCGGCUGGGGGAGUGCCAUCAGCGGAGGACUCCAGCCUGUUCGCUGUACGCUCCGGCACCUCUGUCUCAGUCCACCUGCUCCCUUCACUCUGUCCACUCCGAGUGGCAGGAAGGGCCCCUGUGCGAGCACACGAGAACUCUGAGCACUCACAGUGUUCCCAACAUAUCAGGCGCCACCUGUAGUGCCUUCACUUCCCCUCUCGGGUGUCCAUAUUCACAUAGACAUGCUGUCUACCCUUAUCGAGCGUGCUCUGUGAACCCGCCUUCUGCCAUCGAAAUGCAGUUGCGAAGAGUGUUGCAUGAUAUUAGAAACUCACUGCAGAAUCUUUCACAGUGCCCUGUGAUGAGAGGGCCUGAUCUUGCUGCUGCACCGUAUAGUACUCAGAAAUCAUCCGCUCUACCUCUUUAUGAAAAUACUUUUCAGGAGCUCCAAGUAAUGAGGCGGAGCCUGAAUUUGUUUAGAACACAAAUGAUGGAUUUAGAAUUGGCGAUGCUGCGUCAGCAAACCAUGGUUUAUCAUCAUAUGACUGAGGAGGAAAGGUAUGAAGUCGAUCAGCUCCAGAGCUUGAGAAAUUCAGUCCGAAUGGAACUUCAGGACCUGGAGUUGCAGCUGGAGGAGCGCCUGCUGGGGCUGGAGGAGCAGCUUCGCGCUGUGCGCAUGCCUUCAACCUUCCGCUCCUCGGCACUCAUGGGAAUGUGUGGCAGUAGAAGCGCCGAUAACUUGUCAUGCCCUUCUCCACUGAAUGUAAUGGAACCAGUCACUGAACUGAUUCGGGAACAGUCAUAUCUGAAGUCUGAAUUGGGCCUGGGCCUUGGAGAAAUGGGAUUUGAAAUUCCUCCUGGAGAGAGCUCAGAAUCUGUUUUCUCCCAAGCAACAUCAGAGUCAUCUUCUGUAUGUUCUGGUCCCUCUCAUGCAAACAGAAGAACUGGAGUACCUUCUGGUGACUCAGUGGGCAAACAUAAAACCCAUCUGGUACCCAGCAAGAAAGUAUUCCGAGCAUCAGUGGCCCUAACACCAACUGCUCCUUCUAGGACAGGCUCUGUGCAGGCACCUCCAGAUGUGGAAAGUUCUGAGGAAGUUGCUGCAGCUGAGGAAGCCUCAGAGGCUGUAGGACCUAAAUCUGAAGUGGAGGAAGAGCAUGGAAAAAUCUCAUUAUUGCCAGCUGCUGAGGAAACGCAUAAAAAUGUGGAGCAAGAUGAGUUACAGCAAGUCAUAAGGGAGAUUAAAGAGUCUAUUGUCGGGGAAAUCAGACGGGAAAUUGUAAGUGGACUUCUGGCAGCAGUAUCUUCAAGUAAAGCAUCUAAUUCUAAGCAAGAUAGUCAUUAAAUGGAAUUUAUAGUGUGAAAACCUCUUACAACCUCAUCUGAAAGUGUUGGCAUGGGUCCUAUUAGCUGUGUGAUAUUGGAGUUAUCAAUGAUAUACACUGGUGGAGGUGUCAUUUGUGCUUCAGAAGAUACUUGCUGCUGAGCUGGGCUACUGUAUACAAUGUACAGUGUUUAUAUCUUCUGCGCAUAUCUUUUUAAAAAACAAACUUAGGCACUUUGCUGACUUUCUUUUCUAAACUAUCAAAACUGUAGCCAUUUGAAAAGCCUAAUAUUUAUUUGUAUGUCAAUAUUUUCCAGUUGAUUCCCUAGGUAGAAUUAAUUUUAAAACUUGAAAACUUCCAGACUUAACCAACUUAUAAAUAACAUAUUUCUUCAGACUAGCUUCUUAAAACACUGACCUCUAUGAGGUAUUUACUGUGCAAUAACUGAUUCAUUUUUUGAGAGCUUGAAACAACCAAUGAUUUUCCCUCCACUGCUGUUAAUUAGUGUCACUUCCAAGAAGAAAAAUUGUCCUGUUGUAAAAAUUGCUCUUAAUUCUUGAGGAGGUUACUAAUAGCAGUAGGAUAGAAUUUAUGUUACCUAAAAAACUACUUAAUGUUCUUACACUGUAAAGCAUUGUUACUUUACUCAAGACAAUUGUAACUUUAUUAUAGCUUAUGUAGUUUUGUUUUUUGUUUGUUUGUUUGUUUUUUUUGGGAAACAUGCCUUAUGUUAAACACUAUGUAUUUUUCCAUUGUCCAGACUUCUUUAUUAUAAGGAGAUGUUUCUUCUUUUAGGCUAAAGAGUAGAGUAUUGCCAAAACAAUGGAGCCUGUGACUUGAAUGGAUAGACAUGAAUAAGCUGGUUUUGGUUUUUUUUUCAAAAUGGAAAUAAUUUAGAUUUGUUUUUCUCAUAAUAGAUGGUUUUUAAUUCAUUUUUAACCAGUGAGAACUGUUUGUCUUAUGGAAAAAAAAGGAAGGUAGUUUCCUAUUUGGUUUUACAUGUGUUAAAUAAAUGUGUAAAGUAACAAGCAAAUGUUAGUAGAAUUAUUCUUUAGCAUUUAUUAUUUUCAACUCCUAUUAUAUUUCUUUGUGUGAAAUUUUAAUCAAAAGUGGUUGGGAUAUUAACAAUAUACUCUGAAAGAAUAUCUAAAAGGUUUUUUAAAUGUUUGAAUUAUCACACAAAGGCUGAUUUCUAAAAAAAAAAAUUAAUAAAGUAUUUAUUUUGCCUAA